CUAUCCCUGUCACUCACACAUACACACAAACACUCUGAGAGUGCACGCAGUAGCUAGAGAUCUAGUGGUGGGAUACACCGCUUACACAAGCCUGAAGUGAGACAGAAACUAGCGCACUGUACCCCUCGCGCAGAACCAGGACAGGGCACGGGCUGACCCAGCGCGGGAUACAAUCACCCCCAGUUCGCGUGCAUGAUCUGGUGCUCUCUGGCUCCAUUCAAUGCCCGCGCUCUGCACCUACAGACUCUCGCUCACUACCGCCCAUGGACGUUCGCUUUUACUCGGCCGCCGCCCCCACCAGCGUGGGCUCCCUCCCUGCUGAAGCUGCCUGCUUGGGCCCUUUGGAGUAUUACCACUGUAACAAGUUUGAUACAGAGAACAUGUAUAUGGGAAUGAGUGAGAGUAACCAGGAGUUCCUGUCAGCAAAUCAGACAUAUUCUGGUCAAAGUGAGGGCAACGAAGACUACGAAAUACCUCCUAUUACUCCACCUAACCAUGCAGACCCUUCUCUCCUUCACUUAGUGGACUCUGAGCCUGGAUACCACCCACUGUGUCAUUCCAUUCCAGCCAAUGGCCUGCUACCAUCGUACUCCUAUCAGAACAUGGACCUGCAGACUCUUAUGGUGUCGAACAUGUUCAACCAAGGCAGCCAUCUUCUCAGCAGCCAACCUCCCACUAUACAAGAGGCGAUCCAUUCAGAGGGUUCAUUCUAUGAUUCUAAUCAUCACAUACCCCUGAUCAACCGACCAGGGAUGCUACCCAGUGCAUUCAGCCAGUCCAAGCUGAUCUCCCAGAUGGGUGAAAGAAGUGGUGUUACCCAUGGUUCCCCCUCACCCCCAGGGAGUAAAUCUGCCACACCCUCUCCCACCAGCUCCACCCAAGAGGAGGAGACUGACUCACAUUCUAAGGUUGCUGGAGAAAAGAGACAAUCAGCUGACAUGGGCAAAAAACCAAAGACCCAGAAGAAGAAGAAGAAGAAGGAUCCUAAUGAACCUCAAAAACCUGUCUCUGCAUAUGCUCUAUUUUUCAGGGAUACCCAGGCAGCCAUUAAAGGACAAAAUCCCAAUGCCACAUUUGGGGAUGUUUCAAAAAUUGUUGCUUCAAUGUGGGACAGCCUCGGAGAGGAGCAAAAGCAGGCCUACAAAAGAAAAACAGAAGCAGCAAAGAAGGAGUACCUGAAAGCCCUUGCAGCCUAUCGAGCCAGUCUGGUUUCCAAGAGCUACAGUGACCAAGUAGAAACAAAAAAUGUUCAAGCGAAUCAGCCUUCACAUAUGCUGCCACCAAAGCAGUCACUGUAUGGUGUACCACCACAGUCGUCUUCACCGUAUACAAGUCUAAGUUCAUUUCUUCCAUCAGAUCUGCAACCUUACCAUGGACCACCUCACUCCAGCCUCAGCAGGACCCUCAGCUCCAAGUCCAUGUUAUCCGGUAACAUUCCCUCUCCACCUCCAUCAUUUCAGAUUAGCCCUCCUCUGCACCAGCAGCUAUCCCUGCACCACCAACAGAAUUCCUUAAUGAAUCUGCAGCAGGUCUCACACCAGUCGCUCCUGACUUCCCAAAUGGCAAUGCAGGUACAGCCUGCGAUGAACUCUCCACCCGCAGGGCAGCAGAGUUUCUCACAUCUUCAGUCUGAAUAUCAAAGCAGUGUUGGGUCCCAGUCACCGGGACCAUCCACUCCAUCAGGAAAUGCUGAAUGGGAUAGUGAUUACUGCAGCAGGGAGUGUGGCAUCAACUGCACCAUGGUGCCAAGAGACAAGACACUCUACCUCACCUAAAUAUGGAAGGGUUUCACUGAAGUUCAGAUAACAGACACACUCAGGAGGUUCCAUGUCAGUGGCCACCUUGAAGCACACCAUGCAACUCAUAAAGAUUAGCAUGUCUUUUCUGAGGCACACCUACUGACUGGCCUGACUUCAAGGAUGUUUCCACAUGGCUCAUGAUAAGGCCUACUGUUAAGGAUAUUCAAGGACCAAAAUGUCCUUUUUUGCUUGCCACCAGCUUUAGUUGUGAACAUUUUUUUUUGUUUCUAGUAAAAUAAAAAAUUGCUUUUAGAAUCUGUUCAGGCUUCACUUUUAUGUGUGUAUUAAGCCUGCUCAGUAGAAGGAUUCUGUACUCAUUUGCUACCAAGCACUAAAGUAGUGCAAAACAUUUUUAAAGUGAAGUUUUUGUAAAACUUUAAAUGCAAAAACUAAAUGUAUUGACUUAAAGUUUUAUGUAACAAAUAUAGACAGUUUUGCAAGUGGUCUUUAAGAAAACUGUCUCUAAAUAGUACCAGGUUGGAGGAUACUGCUGGUUAAUGUGUUUAUAGCUUUGAAGCGAUAUUCUUGGAAUCCUGAUUACAGCAGUUGAUCCAAGUUACAAAUUUUCCUGAUCCCAAGAAAAUAUAUUUAUAUUUUAGGUAUUUUAAUUUUAAAAAUGGGCAUUUUUAUUUCUUUAUUUGUAAGUACCUCAGUCUAUAUGGCUGCUACUUCACACUACCAGUGUUGACCUCUGACCUUGUUGGCAAAGUCAAUGUUAACCAGUGACCUUUAGAAAGCAUUUUUGUAACCAAAUGGACAAAAAAGUUCAGUGGCUACUUUAAGUGAAGAUACAAACAUGAAAAGUGUGCAGGAAAAAUUAUAAUUUUGGUCUAUAGUUGUAAAGUAGUUUAAUUAAUGUUUUAGAACUGUGCUGAAAAUAUGUUUUAAGAUCUUCUUUUUGUGAAAUGUAGUUUAUAGAAAUAAGACAAUUUUAUAUUAUCUGUAGCACUCUUUUUUAGUUAUAAAUAGAGAAGCUAUGUAUAAAACUGCCAAUAUUGUUUCUUUGGUUUUGUACAGCAGAUAAGAAAUGAAGGAAUUUUAAUCCCGCUCCGUAUGGCAUUAUAAUAUUUAGUUCUUUUCACCAUAUGUCCAUCUAUUUAAUAUUGCUGACACUGAUUUUGUCUAUUUAUGAAGCAUUUAAUGUAAAAAUACUGAUAUAUUAAGAGGUGUGUUUUUUGUUUUAACAUUUUACCCAUCUGGUGCUGUCAGGCACUGUCACUUUUCUGUCAUUGCUUAUUUCACUUAUUUUUUUCCUUUAUAAUAAAAUACUCAGAUGUGGAAAAUAAAAAA